GAAGGCAGUGAGGCACCUGCCCUAAAACGUUGCUCCUACCUAGCCUGACUAGAAGUAAAGUGCAAGAGGAUGAGUCAGUCUCAGUGCAAGCUGCACCACGUGCCUAGCUGGCAAGUGUCAUAAGACAAAAGGACCAAAGCAUCGGGAAAAAAAAAAAAGCUAAACUUUACGCAAUUUAUUGUUGUCACAAAUGAAUCAGAAGUAAAAGAAUACCAGGAACAUAUGAAGAAUGUGCUCACUUCCACCUACCGAGAUGCUCUUGCUUGAUGAUACUCUGACACCCUAAGUCUACUAGGAGAUCAAAGUAUAAGGUUUUCAGAUUUUUCACACAAAAUUGAUCUGAAGGACAAAACAAACCCACAGUGACCAGAACGAUGAAAGGAAACUGCAAGACAAGGACUUGAAGAAACAGACUGGACACCGCAAAGAAUGACAGGAAAGAUGUCUCUUUCUGAUUUUGAAGUGCUGUCGGUUUAUGAAGAUUCAUAUGUGGAGAAUGAAUCCUUCAUAGUUGAUCCAUCAACCAUCAUCUGUCUUCCUGUCGACAUAAAGCCUGAAUUGUCCUAUUGGAUAUUUGUUGGUUACCUGCUCAUUUUUCUGAUUGCGAUUCCAGGAAACCUCAUGGUUGCAGUUGUGAUUGGGACCAACUACCGCUCUCUUGUACCAUCGGACAUUUACCUUUUCCACCUGGCACUGGCUGAUGUGUUCUUCGCUUUAACAAUUCCCUUUUGGGGUAUUAGUGCCAUGCAAGGCUGGGUGUUUGGCAAUGCAAUGUGCAAACUUAUUAGCCUUAUUCAGGAAAUUAAUUUCUACAGCAGUAUCCUCUUUUUGGUAUGCAUUAGCAUUGAUCGUUAUCUGGCCAUUGUUUGGGCUGUAAAGACCAAAAAGAAGAGAAUGCCAUUUUUUAGCUGGUUGUUGUGUAUUAUAGUUUGGUUACUCGGGGUCAUCCUUUCUUUGCCAGUUCUUCAUAACCAUGCCUUUAAGCCUUUAAAUUUGACAAAAACUGUCUGCUAUGAGGAAUAUAAUCCCCAGACGUCUGAUCACUGGCGUUUUUCUAUAAGGAUGCUUCGGCAUGUGUUAGGAUUUCUGCUGCCUUUAACAAUCAUGCUGAUCUGCUAUGGAAUCACAGUUUCUCGAUUGCUACAGACUCGCAGCUUUGGAAAACAAAAAGCAAUGAAAGUGAUUGUCUCAGUGGUUUCUGGUUUUCUUUUCUGUUGGAUGCCCUAUCAUAUCGUAGUAAUGUUGGACACAGCAAUGCGAGCCGGGUUAUUUCCUCAUACCUGUGAGAAACGCUAUUCUAUUGAUCUAGCCCUUUUGGCCACACAGAGCCUGGGUCUUCUCCACAGUUGUAUUAAUCCUUUUCUGUAUGCCUUUGUGGGGGAAAAGUUUAAACAAAACUUUUUAAAAUUUCUUGUAAAAACUGGCCUGACAAAACGAAAUGUACAAUGGAAGUCUAGUCGUUCCAGUUCUCAGAACUCAGAUAUUACAUCCACAAUGAUGUGAGGGAAACAUUAACCAUGACAGAAGAACAGUGGGAUUAUGGACAAUUGAAAACUGAUACUGUCAGGUACUCGAGGGACUCAAUAACUAAAGAGAAGAGAUCAAUCAUUUCACAGGUAUAGUUGCCUAAGAUAUCACUAUUCACCUUGCUUCAAAACCGAAAGGCCCAAUUUUAUUUUAAAGAUGCAUACUAUUAUGGGCUCCAAUUUUUUAAAGAAUGACAAAGAUGGACAGUGGUUAAUGUACGUACUUUUUCAUACAGAAACUACUUUUUCCUAUGUUGGGUCAUUGAAAAUAUUCAGUAUUAUGUAUUAAUCAACUCUAAAUGGUAAAAAAGGAACAUGGGCAGUGAUCAAAACACUUUUCAGCAAUAAAAUGCAAAAAUCCUUAUAUAGUGUACUGGCUCACUAUAAAAUAAACAAAACAUAUGCAUUUUAAAGGAAAAAAACAUUAUCAAAAGCUUCUUGGUAGGGUAAUGCAGUAACAAACAUAUUGGGAUAUAAACCACAGGUCUGCUGGUUCAAUCUCCACAUCUGGCUCAAUGAGUGACCCCAAGUAAGUCAUGCAGACUACUUAUGUUUCAGAUAUUUGAGAAAUAUAAAGCACCUUGAGGUUCUUUUCAGUACUGAAAGUUGCAAUAUGACGUAAACACAGAUGGACUGUGAUUAAUCCUUUUCAUUCUGAAGAUAAAAUGGAUUUUAUGUAUCUGGCUAUUGUUGUGUUCCUUCAGAAUUAAUAUCAACUGUUGCAGCAUGUCUUACUUUUCAGCUGGUGUUGCUCAUAAUUAGAUAUACAUGGAAAUAUAUAUACAUUUUCUGUUUGCAAAAUGCAGCUAGGUUCAUUUCUGAAAUUACAAAAACAGUAAGAAUACAGAGGGCUUGGGGCAGGCGGGAAAAAGGUCUGUCUUAGCUACACUCUUUACCAGCAUCACAUGCCAAUGCACUGUGACCACACAAUGAAAGAAGCAGAAAAUGGUGUAAGAAAAUUAAAAAUUAGGUAAAGUGUGGCUGGGAAAAUGGACUGUAACUCACAAGAAUCCUUGUUCAGUCCUUACCACUGACUAACUGUGUGAUCCUCUGCAAAUUAUUUUCCCGCCUGGCCAACAUUUGUAAAGCAUUUAAAAUGUUUUA